AAGAAUUAAACAAAGCCAAAUCACACUCGCUAUACUUCGAAUUUUCUUUUCCCCCUUAUUUGUUACUUUUCUCAAACAUUAUCGGUUUAUACUAUCCUCCUCCGUCCAAUUUUCACUUCAUUUUUCAUUCUCUCUUUUGUUUUUGUCCUUUUCAUUAAACACGAAUACGAGCAUGGCACGAGCACGAAUAGGCACGAUACGAUUCGAACCGUGCCCGGGUCUGGGCCAGACCUAGCAAAGUUAAUAAAUGGGCUUGCAUGGCACGACAUGAAAACUGACGGGUUGUGCCAAGCACGACACAAAAUAAAUGGGCCCGAAGCGUGCCCGUGCCGUGCCGGCCCAAGCACGGCCCAACGCCCAUUUACAUAACUGGGAAUACCUACGAUGAUAGCCCAAUCUAAAAUAGCUACGUUCCACUAUUUGGAGGAGAAAUUGUUAAAACGACUCAAGGGCUUGAAACAACGGACAUUGUCUUGGGCGACUAAGGAGACUUUGAUUAAAUCAGUCGCUUUAGCUUUGCCGUUGCAUGUCAUGUCACGUUUCAAGUUUCUCUAUCUAUUUGUUGGCUCUUGAAAAAACAUGUGGCCCGAUUCUGGUGGGGUGUGGAAGAGGGCUGAUCUAGGAUACGAUGAAUGUCGUGGCAGAAUAUGUGUCGGAGUAAGCAUGACGCGACUAUGGGUUUUUGCCGAUUUGAACAGUUUAAUCAGGCUCUCUUAGCCCAGGUUUAUAAAGGGAAGUAUUUUCCUACAAGGACCUUCCACAGUGCUACUGCGCGUUCUCGCCCGUCUUGGAGAUAACAUAGUAUCUUCUUUGACCGGAAAUUAUUAUUGAUGGGACUAAGAUGGCAGAUUGGCAAUGGUAAGAAAGCCUCCCUGCUGCAUUCUAAUUGGAUUCCUCGGCUGCAUACCUUUACCUUGCUGUUUAACCUUUAGGUGCUACCUGAUGGUGGAGACCCGGCGGUAGCAGAGGUUCUUUUCCAAGGGGAGGGGCGUCAGGAACAUAGUCAGGAUUUUUGGUUAGGGGGCCGAUUUUUUUUUUCUUUUCACAAUAUUUGUAUAAAAAAUACCUAAAAUUACAACACAACAUUAAAAAAAUUGAUUUGACUAUAAACGUGAACCUUAACAAGUGAUUUAUCUUAUAUCAUAUAACCACACAAUACUUCACAGUGAAAACAUUGGGCCGGAAUUUUAUCCUUUUCACAACACAAUAUUUUUAUAUUAGAUCCAUAAAAUUACAAUACAACUCAUUCGAUGUAAAUAAUUUUAUUCGAUUAUAUACGUAAACCUCAACAUGUGAUUUAUCUUGUAUCAUAUAACUACACUAUACUUCACAGUGAAAAUUACAUAUCCACUAUACUAGUGUAGAAAGAUAAUAAAGAUACCAAAUUAUACGUAAAUAUUGUGAUGAAUAAAUUAUCAAUUUUGAAAGAAAUUAUAUUGUUUUUUUAUAUCCAUAGAGCUAAAGCUACUAACGAAAAAUAAAUGGGGCAAACUUAGUCAGUGGUUUGACCCACCAACUUGUCGGGCCAUCAAAGCUAUUCCUCUUCCUCGUAAGAAUGUGGAGGAUAAACUGAUCUGGCAUGCCACGACUGAUGGGGUUUCACAGUCAAAUCGGCCUAACAUAAAUUCUAUCUUAUUAGAUAAGCAGAGAGGUCAUUGGAGAUCCAUGGCUAGUUGGAUGGAUCGGGCUAGCUGGAUUCGGUUGUGGGAGUCCAAUAUCCCACCCAAGUUGAAGUUGUUUGUAUGGCAAAUCUUUAACCGCAUCCUGCCUACGAUGGAAGCCCUAAUCGAGAAGGAUGUCUCAGUGCUUCCCAGGUGUCCAGCUUGUUGGGCGCAUUCGAAAAUAAUGGAACAUUUGUUUCUUGACUGUCUGGCGCCACGAGCUCCAUGGGAUCAUUCGAGGCUUGAGUGUAUUGGUCAAAGGCUGCCUUGUCACACUUUCCCACUCUUCCUCAAAAAGUUGAUGUUACUCAUAUAUCAACCUUCGCUGUGCAUGACAGUUUUUGAAGUCCUUUGAAGGAUGUGACGAUCGCGCAGGUAAGCAGUUUGGGAUCCCUACCUUAAUGCGACAGUUCAACCAACAAUAUCAUGAAUGGGUUAAUCUGUCGGUUGACCUAGUGCUCCAUUCUUCCAUUUCUCUUUUUCAUCAAGGGGAUACUGAGGAUCCAACUUCGGUUGUUUGUAUGUGGGAUGGGGCAACGAAGAGUGGGUCGCAUUCGGCAGGUGGGAUGAUUAUCAUGAACCAAGUUGGGGAAGUCCUCUUAGCUAAAGGGGUACAAUUUCCAUUGAUUGAUGAUCUUAUGGUUGUCGAGGUACUCGUUCUUUGGGAGACUAUUUUGUGGUGUCUGGCCCAAGGCUUUACGAAGGUGAGGUUUGAUGGUGAUGCCAAAUUGGUCAUCGGCAAGAUUAAUCAGGCUGAUACCCGGGAUAAUCGGAUGGAGGCUACUCUAGAGGAGAUCGUACAUUAUUUUGCGAUUCUUACUGAGUUUAGUAUUCGGUUUGUAGGUCGGCGUAGUAAUAGGGUAACCCAUUUGAUGGCUAGAAAAGUCCUUUCAUUAUACCCGUCUAUGAGUCGUUUCUUUGAUUUUAUGGCUUGGAUUCAUUCCAGAAUGUAACUACGUAUUCUUCUAAUCAAUAUAAGGUUAUCUUUUGUAAGAAAAAAAGUUAGGUAUGAGUUGAGCAUGAGAAUAAAUAGACAUGUAUUUAAAAUAAAUCUUGCUUACAUAAUUUAAAUGUGGAAGAGUUGGGUAUAGAUCCCCAUGUACUUGAGUGUGUUUUAAAUAGACAUACAAAAAGUGGACCUAUUUGUAAAACUUAAAAAGUUUAGGUAUCAAAAUGUAAGGCACAAAAUGUUUUUGUACUAAAAUGUAAGUUUUCAUCGAUAUUUUGAGGACUUAUAUGCAAAAAAUUAAAUUUAGGUACCAAAUCUAAAGUUCUAUUAGGUUUAGAUACCAAAUUGUAAUUUACAAAUGAGUAUGGGUACAAACUCAAAUCGAUGUGUUAAAAACCCAACCCAACCCAAAUAAAUGAGUAUGGAUACAAGUCCAUCAAACUCAUCCAUUUACCAUAUAUUUGAAUUAUAUACCCAACCCAAUUGAGUUAUAUAAUAAAAUAUCAAUCGGUAUUGACUAAAUUGUCAUCCCGAUUAAUAGAUAAUAAAAAAAUCCCCGUAAAGAUAAAAAAAAAAUCCUUAACUAGUCAGUCCCCCUGUCUCCCAGAAGAACGCAGUGUUAGGAUAUUAAAAGCUGGUUGGAAAUUAGUUGGCUGUUAACGGAAUUGGUCACACCACAAUCUAUCAACUAUUUCUUUUCCCUAAAGGAAAAAUUGACAACCUGCGCAGCAGUGACCACAAAUUACUAAUCCCGACAGACAGGAUUCAAUGCAUCCAUAAUGUGUGUCGAGGUGAAGACGACUCAGAAGUCAGAGCUAACUACUUACCCCAGUCAUUAUUAAUUAGUCAAGUCUACCCGUACUCGUUGGGCAAUUUCUUUGAUGUGUUGCCUUUAUGGCAAACUUUCUAAUUCCACACGGUUCACUGUGAUACAUCUUUCUUCUCUUGACUAUUCUAUACCAUCUCACAAUUAGUGAUGGGAAAAGGGAGGUGGGUGUGUGAGUAUCCAAUGCUCAUAUUCGUCUCGCACCAACAGUUGUUUGAGGAUGAUGAGACUAGGAUGUAACGUAAUUAUAAAAUGUGUAUAAUUUU